UGAUUUUUUCCACACACACUUAUUUCAGCGUAAGCAUUUCACAAGUUACAACUACAUGACCACAUUGCUCCGGGAGGAAGUGAGGGGUAAAGAGUUGUACACAGUCGCGUAAGGCAUAAGCAUGGAGCAUAUCAACCAUUAUCAUCACAAACGAUAAACUAUUCAGCGAGCAACCACGCCGUUGAUUAAUAGAUGUGAGAGAAGAAAUAUAUUGUUGUUUGCAAACCGUUUUACGUCGUGUGACGUUAGUCACUGCAAAAAUAUGAUACUGUGGCUGUGGACUAGGAAAUAUUAUCUUUAAAUACUCCAAUAAGGAUACAGCUGUAGUCUGCAGCGGCUCAAGAUCAGUCACGAAAAAUAUUUAUCACCGAAACUAUUGUUCCAGUCAUAUCACAGAUUUAUUAUUAUUGCUGAGUGGUCUUUUUAAUCAGUAUGUUUGUGUCAAUGUGAUAGCAAACAGAUUAUGCUUUGCUUCAACAUAUAGCACGGAAAAUUACAAUGGUCAUUCAUAAAAAAAUGCAAGAAUCUAAAGAAUUAUUUAUCAAUAGAUGAAUUGUGAAGAUCAUCAGCAAGAAGUUUCAAACCUCUGAAUAACUACCUCAGUUGAGUCGACUUAAAUAUAUUGACAAGAUGGUUCAGCAAAGGAUUCCUGGAUUAAAUGGUCACUGCGGUGGUCGUCGAUUUGUGCUGACGUUAGCAACAGGAAUGAUAUUCGGAUUCUUCUCAGCGUGUCUUUUAAUUACUGCUACCAAAGAUGUGCCACAUAUUUUAAACUGGAUGCCAGGAAGGUCUAGUCUCAGAGAUCCUCAUCAUUAUUCAGAGCUGGAUAAUGAGCUAGGACCAAAUGUAGAUGUAACCUUCCAUGGAAAUGACGAAGAUUUUCACAAAGGUGAAGACAAAGUUGCUCAAGAAAUGGCCAAAAAAGUUCGGGUCCUCUGCUGGGUGAUGACUAACCCCAAAAAUCAUCAAACCAAAGCUAGACAUGUGAAAGCGACGUGGGGAAAACGUUGCAAUAUUCUUUUAUUUAUGAGUUCUGCACCAGAUUUAACAUUGCCAACUGUAGUUUUGUCAGUGAAAGAAGGCCGAGAUAAUUUAUGGGCUAAAACCAAAGAGGCUUUCAAAUACUCCUAUGAACAUUAUAAGGACGAAGCCGAUUGGUUUAUGAAAGCUGAUGACGAUACAUACGUGAUAGUUGAGAAUUUACGAUACAUGCUAUCCUCAUACAAUCCUUCGUCUCCACUGUACUUCGGCUGUCGCUUCAAGCCGUUUGUGAAGCAAGGCUACAUGAGUGGUGGAGCUGGAUACGUCCUCAGUAGAGCGGGCUUAGAAAAAUUCAUAGAAGAGGCCUUGCCAGACAAGACCAAGUGUCGUCAAGAUCCCGGCGGAGCCGAAGACGUCGAGAUGGGAAAAUGCUUAGAGAAUGUCGGGGUGAAAGCGAUGGACACCAGAGACCCCCAUGGAAGAGGGAGAUUCUUCCCGUUUGUGCCAGAGCACCACUUGAUUCCCAAUCACGUUGACAAAAGUUUCUGGUACUGGAAGUACAUAUACUACAAUACCAAGGACGGUUUAGAUUGUUGCUCAGACAGUGCCGUGUCAUUUCAUUACGUCUCGCCAAAUAUGAUGUAUGUUUUGGAGUACUUGAUUUAUCAUUUAAGACCCUACGGUAUCACGCACAAGGUUCAAGAUACCGAAAGUGUAUCGCCAUCCGUGAAACCAACUUUUAGCAUCACGGAGUCCUAGUCUUUAAUUAGUAGUUAUAAGAAUCAGUGAUUUCAAUAUACUUUUUCAAAGAUGUGAAUAGUGAGUUAUUGAAAAUAUAAUGCUAGUCAGCUGCUAAUAUUAAUUUUAAGAACUUUCACGUAUGAGUGAUACUUUCUAGUAGUAUUAAGUAUGUUUUUAAUCGGGUUUAGAAAUAUCUUGCGGCACACAGGGCACAAUAAUUGCUGGAAAAAUAUUCAUUUUAACAAUCAAUGUUGGCUGAUUUUUUAUGAUAAAAAAAUAAGAUUACAGGAUGGCGAUUGAAAUUUUUUGACUGUUUAAAAAAAACUUUUUUAUGAAUGCUAUGAUUACUUGUAAAAAAAAAAAAUUAUUGUGAAGUCUUUAAAUAAAAGUAGAAUUUUGUAAAUUCAAUAAAUUAAUAUAUACCAAUAUUCUAAUUAAAACUAUUGUUUAACAAGAUAUUCAUU